CUGGACGGGACGGGACGGGACGGGGGGUCCUGUUGUCGGGACAUUAAAGAUGUUUGUCGACCUUGAACGGAUAGCACGAGAGCACGUGGUGCCGCGCCUGAGUGAAUACGGUUGUUAUUGCAUCGACAACUUUUUGGGCAGUGCGGUGGGAGACUGCAUUUACGGAGAAGCCUGUGAUUUGCAUUUUUCCGGACGUCUGCGGGAUGGGCAGUUGUCCGGUCAGAGAAGAGGCGUUUCUAGAAGGCACCUGAGGGGCGAUCAGAUCGCUUGGGUCAGAGGGGCAGAGGAUGGAUGCAAUGCCAUCGGGAUCCUCCUUUCGUUCCUCGAUCGACUCGUAAUGCUCUGCGGAGGGAAACUCGGACAUUACAGCAUAAAAGGCAGAUCUCAGGCUAUGGUAGCUUGUUAUCCAGGGAAUGGAACAGGUUACGUUCGGCACGUUGACAACCCAACUGGUGAUGGACGCUGUGUCACCUGCAUUUAUUAUCUAAAUAAAAACUGGAAUGCAAAGGUCGAUGGUGGCGUUCUUCGAAUAUUUCCAGAAGGAAAGACCUACGUAGUGGAUGUUGAGCCAAUAUUUGAUAGACUGUUGUUAUUCUGGUCUGAUCGAAGAAAUCCACAUGAAGUACAACCAGCUUACUCCACUAGGUAUGCCAUAACUGUGUGGUACUUUGAUGCAGAAGAGAGGGCUGAAGCCAGAAAUAGAUAUCAAGCAGCUUCAGGGCAAGCUUCAAGUUUUACCCCAUGACUGCAGGCAUGUGGAACUUGACCAAUCAGUUAUGGCCUCUAAAUGAUGUACAUCACAUUAACUUUUCAUCAGCUCCAAAGACAAAUAUCCAUCCACAAUAACCCCAAUUUUGUGUUGUGUUCCUGAAUGAUAAUUCUGUUUGUUACACUCUUGCUUGUCCACAUUGUAGAGAUGGUACUGGCUGCUGCUUAGCAUUGUUUUCAGUGAACAAUAUUCAGCAGAAUUGAUCUGCAAUCCCAGAUUGUACAAAAUAAUAUGCCGUCCUAGGUUAUACUUUUAUAGGUUAUACUUGCGUAAAAUCUGAAUCAGUUUACAUUUUUAUAGCAAGUGUGAUGAGAUGUGUUAAAUAUUAUGACCAUUUAAAAUAAUUGGGUCUAAUAUUGCACUUUAUAACCUUCCAGGUUAAAAAUGACGAAUUCCAACAGAACAGUUUGAUUUCUUUUUUCUAAUAUUUAAAUUAGUUAAUUGGAUAUUCUAUUUAUGGCAUUUGUUUUCUAUCUUCCAUCAUUAAAGAUGUUUAAUCAUCAGACUUAUUGAUUGUAAUUAAGGGUAUUUCUUCCACAUUUCUGUACCAUGUAAAAGUAACAGAUAUGCUAGCUUUAUCAGAUUUUUGUCUUUGUGAUAUUUAUCUUGAUAGGUCUAACCUAUUGUAUACAUUGAUCCUGCAAAACUCCCAUUAUUUCUUUUAAUUGUUUUUACUAAUCGCUUAACUGCAUAGUGACUUAUUUCAGUAAAUCUAUUUUUGUUGUACUUCAAUGGCAAGGAAUAGUCCCUCUGGUUUGUAAAUAUUUUCUGGUUAACUAUAUUAAACUUAACUGUUUAAGGGAGAAAGAAUGCAAAAUAUUACAAUGUGAGAUCCUUUUAUCACUGCCUUUUGCAGUAGAGUUACAAUAAGAAUUCUUGAAAUAACUAAAACAUGAUAUCGGUAACAAAAAUACAUGUUUACAGCUGGAUGCCACAUUGUAUGCUGGUCAACAAUUUGGCAAUUCAGCAGUGGUUAUCGAUGAAUAUAUCAGAAGUUGAGAGUUUGGCAACUUCAGAAUAGUGUCUGUACAAUUUGCUGUGUUCAGAUAAUAAAAUGGUCCCAAGAAUUGGGAUUGACAUACAGUUUUACACAAA